UAUCUAGUAUAUAUAAAUUUCAUUCUUGCUAUAUUGUAGUGUUAGAGGCUAUACGAAACUGAUCAGUACUGACCACUAGCUAGACUCCAUUAAUGGAGGACUCUGAUCAACCUCUUCAUGUCUGCCGUGUCCAUAAAUCUUCCAUCAUCUUUAGCAGAUUUCAAUCUUUCCUUCAUGUAUUAGCCGUAUUAUUCUUGAUCUAUUACAGGGCCUCUUUCUUUCUCCAAAAUGACAUCGAGACCAGAGGAAUUAUACCAUCUCUACCAUGGCUUCUUCUCUUUCUCUCUGAGCUGUGUCUCUUCCUUAUAUGGCUUCUAGCCCAAGCCUUAAGGUGGCAUCCCGUUUCUCGUUCUGUAUUUCCAGAGAGAUUGCCAGAAAAUGAUAAACUUCCAGCUAUCGAUGUCUUUGUUUUCACAGCAGAUCCAGAUAGAGAGCCAACUUUGCAUGUGAUGAACACUGUCAUAUCAGCCAUGGCGCUGGACUACCCUCCUGACAAGCUUCAUGUGUAUCUUUCCGACGAUGGUGGUUCUGCGGUGACUUUGAAUGGAAUGAGAGAGGCUUGGAGAUUUGCCAAGUGGUGGAUUCCAUUUUGCAGGAGGUUUAAAAUCCAGAAGAGGUGUCCAGAUGCUUAUUUCUCAUCAUUAGUGAAUGAUGAUGAUGAUGGCCAUUCGGAAAGUUUUGAUGAGUUCACGACAGAACAAGAGAAGCUUAAAGAAGGAUACCAAGUGUUCAAAGAAAGCAUUAAAGGAAUAAAAGAGAGCUUUGUAGAUACUAGUGGCUUCACUGGUAAAAAUCACCCAUCUGUCAUUGAGGUGAUCCAAGGAAAUCCCAGUGACCCUAACACAGAACAAGAAGAGAUAGCUAUGUUGCCUCAACUUGUUUAUGUUUCUAGGGAGAAAAGACCUUCUCAUCCUCACCAUUUUAAGGCUGGAGCAUUUAAUGCUCUUCUUCGAGUCUCCGGUGUGAUAAGCAAUUCUCCAUACAUACUUGCUCUUGACUGUGACAUGUAUUGCAAUGAUCCAACAUCAGCAAGACAAGCUAUGUGCUUUCAUCUUGAUCCAAAAAUAUCUUCCUCUCUAGCUUUUGUGCAGUUCCCUCAGAGAUUCCACAACAUUUCUAGAAAUGAUAUCUAUGACAGUCAGAUAAGGUCAACAUAUUCGUUGCUCUGGCAAGGUAUGGAUGGACUGGAUGGACCUGUAUUGUCUGGUACCGGCUUUUUCCUGAAAAGGGUGUCCUUAUAUGGCAGAUAUGUGGAAGAAGAAGGUGCUGAUCCAAUGGAACUGAAAAAGUAUUUUGGGCCAUCCAAUGAGUUCAUCAAAUCUCUUUUUAAUCACAAGAAGCCUAAUGUAGCAAAUAUUAGAGACUCUUCUAAUUCUAAUGCAUUGUUACAAGAGGCCAAAUUUUUGGCUUCUUGCACCUAUGGAAGUGAAACAAAAUGGGGUCAAGAUGUUGGUUUUCUGUAUUAUUCAGUAGCAGAAGAUUACUUGACCGGCUUCACCUUACAAUCCAAAGCCUGGACUUCAGUGUAUCUGAGCUCAUCAACGCCGCAGUUUUUGGGCUCUGGUGUCACAAAUUUGAAUGAUCUGUUGACUCAAGGAAUAAGAUGGAGUUCAGGGUUGGUCGAAGUCGGCAUCUCAAAGUUUUGCCCUUUUGUUUAUGGUCCCUCCAAAAUGUCCUUUCUUGAGAAAAUGAGCUAUGGAUAUCUCUCAUUUUUUCCCGUCUACUUCUUACCUUUGUGGUGUUUCGCUACUGUUCCUCAACUCUGCUUGCUGAGUGGUAUUCCUAUGUAUCCUGAGGUUUCAAACUCAUUUUUCAUUGUAUUUCUGUUCAUCUUUGCCUCCUCACUUGUUCAACAUUCUUUUGAGGUCUUCAUCACUGGUGGGUCGCCUCGCUCAGUGAUAAAUGAGGUAAGGUUAUGGAUGAUACAAUCAAUCACAUCUCAUCUCUAUGGGAGCUUGGAUGCUUUCAUGAAGAGGAUUGGUAUGAGGGAAGCCAGUUUCUUGCUCACCAACAAAGUUGAUGAUGACGAAACAGUUGAACUAUACCGAAAUGGAAAAUUCGAUUUCAGAACACCAGCUAUGUUUCUUGUUCCGCUGGUUGUUCUAGUUAUCCUGAACGUGGUUUCUCUUCUUGUGGGAAUCACUAGAGCUAUCCUUGUUGGAAAUUUGGACAAGAUGUUUCUACAAGUUUUCUUGUGUCUCUAUAUCUUGGUCAUAAGCUACCCCAUAAUAGAAGGGAUGGUAAUAAGGAAGGAUAAGGGACGAAUUCCAGCAUCCAUCACAGUAGUAUCAUCUGCUACAUUUUCUAUCAUAAUUUUCUUCCUAAUGGGGCUUACAUUUUUCAUGUACUAGUGCUUCUUUUUUUUUACCCUUUUUUUUUUAGUUUAGUUUAGUUUAGUUUACUUUUAAUAAAGAGAAGCUUUUCCUUGCCUUCUCCCUGUCUCGUCUCAACGAGAUAAAGAUUAUAAAUUAGGAGAAUAUUUAAAUACUAUUACUACUACUACUUGAGGGACUGUUUUAUGUAUUUACUUAUUUUAAAAGGAAAUUCAUUGAGGCUAGUUACUACUGGCUCAUGGAAUUUGACAUCAUUUAUAAAUAAACUAGAAAACAGUCUUUUGUAAUAAUUAAAAAAAAUAUAUAUAUUUUUAGAGAUUGUAUAGUAGAGAUUUUUUUUUAUCCUACUUGUACAACAUGUUUCUUUCA